AGCUUUCUCGCGAAUCAAAGUCUCACCCUCUUCCUUCCAUGGAAUAGGUGCCUUUGUCUGUCACACUCUUAGAGAAGAAGAAGACGAAGACGACGACUACGAAGCUAUUUUAACGCUUCGGUUUCAUCGCCGAUCAUUUUCCAUCACCGUCCUUUCUGAAUCUACCACUUUAUCCCUCGCAUUUCCAGUAAGUUCAUCUUUCUUUCUUUCUUUCUGAAAUCUUUUCUCUGGAAAUAUAUUGAUAAAGCACAAGGAGAAAAGAGGAAAAGGAAAAAGAAAAAAGAAAAAGAAAGAUUUAUGCAUGUUGAUUCGAUUGAGAUAAUAAUCGAUGGGGCACAAGAAGAAGAACGUUGCUCCGCGCUCAAAACAGUUGCCGGCGCUGGUGAAUGUCGUUAAUGAUUCAGGUGAAGCUGAGUUGAGUGGGAAUAAUGCGAAGGUCGGGGUAUCGGCUGGUGUUCCGGAUGAAUCGAAUGGUUCGUCUUCGUCGUCUGUGGUUAAGGCUGACUGUGAGCGAGCCCUAACGGCACUCCGACGUGGCAACCAUACGAAAGCGCUUCGGUUGAUGAAAGAAUCGUGCACUCGUCACGAGAACUCGGCUCAGGCCGCUCUAGUUCACCGCGUUCAAGGCACGGUGUGCUUGAAAGUGGCGUCCAUCAUGGAUGACCCUAACGCUAAAAAUCGGCAUUUGAAAAGCGCGAUAGAUUCAGCCAGAAAAGCUGUAGAGUUAUCGCCCAACUCCAUCGAAUUUGCUCAUUUUUAUGCUAAUUUACUGUAUGACACGGCCAACGAUGCAAAAGAGUAUGAAGAAGUGGUUCAAGAAUGCGAACGCGCGUUGGCCAUUGAGAAUCCGGUGGAUCCCUCUAAAGAAAGCUUACAAGAAGAAAGUCAACAGCAAACAUUAACUGCGGAAGCGAGGAUUUUGCAAGUGCAAAGUGAGCUUAGGUCGCUGAUACAGAAAUCACAUAUCGCUUCAAUUUCUACUUGGAUGAAGAAUUUGGGGAGUGGAGAAGAGAAAUUCAGGUUUAUUCCGGUCCGGAGAGUGACUGAUGAUCCAAUGGAGGUUAGGCUAGUGCCAUCGAGAAGGCCUAAUGAGAUCAAGAAAGCUACAAAGACACCAGAAGAAAGAAGGAAAGAAAUUGAGGUUAGAGUUGCUGCUGCUAGGUUGUUGCAGCAGCAGAAAUCUGAAGCAGCUUCUUCUUCACCGCAGUUGCAAAGCAAGGGCGAGAAGAAUGAACUGGAUUUAACUUCAGGAAGCGGGCAAAGAGGAGCAGAUAGGAGGAGGAGGAAGAAUGGUUCUACAGCUGAAAGGAAAGAUUGGGUUCGGUCAUAUUGGAAUUCAAUGAGCAUUGACUUGAAGAGAGAUCUGCUUAGAAUUAGGGUUAGUGACAUCAAAGCGUAUUUUGGUUUGGUGAAAGAUGGAUUGGCAAGUGAUGUCUUAUCAGAGGCUUUAGAAUUUGCGGAGGCUUAUAAGACUUGGAACUUUUGGGUUUGUUGUAGGUGUAGUGAAAAAUUUGCGGAUUCAGAGUCUCAUAUGCAGCAUGUUGUUCAGGAGCAUAUGGGGAACCUCAUACCAAAAAUGCAGAACGUGUUGCCACAGAGUAUUGAUAGUGAGUGGAUAGAGAUGCUCCUUAACUGUUCUUGGAAUCCUUUGGAUAUUUCUGCUGCAAUUAAAAUGAUUGGGGACCGUAAUGAGCAGUGUAAUGAUUGCUUUGAUGAUGCAUGGGAUUCAUCUCCUGCAAAGGAAAACGUUGGGGUUAGUUACAGUUGUGGUAGUGUAGAGGGUAAUGCUUGUGAGAAAGUUUCUAGCAUUGAGUGCAAAGGAUGCGAUGGAAACAAGGGUUCUGUAACAUAUCCCCUUGUUGAUAGUUGGCCAACAGUGGCUGAUGCUGAGCGUGCAAAGUUGCUUGAAAGAAUUCAUGCCACAUUUGAACUGCUUAUUAGACAUAAGUACCUUGCUGCUAGCCAUCUUAACAAGGUGAUACAGUUCACAAUGGAUGAGUUGCAGAGUCUGGUUUCUGGUUCUCAGCUUCUAAAUCAUGGUGUAGAUCAAACUCCCAUGUGUAUCUGUUUUCUGGGAUCUACACAGCUUAGAAAAGUUCUCAAAUUCCUGCAGGACUUAUCUCAUUCUUGUGGUCUGGCUAGACACUCUGAGAAGACUACUCCUGUGGAUGAUGUGAAUGGUGCUACUAAGAUUCUUGAGGUUAAGGAGAAGAUUGUUCUUAAUGCAGAUGCUUCGUGUCUCCUCUUGGAUGAACAUUUAUUGCCUGAUGCAGCAAUAGAAGGUUCUGCCCUGGCAAAGUCCAGAGGUAGCAAUGGAAAUGAGUUUGUACAGGAUGCUGAUGCUCUGCUGUCCUGGAUCUUUUCAGGCUCCUCAAGUCAGUAUCAAUUGGCAUCAUGGGUACACAUGAAAGCAGAGAAAACACAGCAAGGACUAGAAAUUCUCCAGAUGCUGGAGAAGGAGUUUUAUCACCUACAGAGUCUCUGUGAGAGAAAAUGUGACCAUAUGAGCUACGAGGAAGCAUUGCAAGCUUUAGAGGAUCUCUGUCUUGAAGAAGGUAAGAAGAGGGAGACUGCCACUGAAUCUGUUCAUCGAAGCUACGAAUCUGUCCUUAGAAAGCACAGAGAAGAACUUGUUGAGACUGAGAGUGAUGAUAUGUUCCUUAGCAGUAGAUUUGAGUUAGAUGCUAUUACAAAUGUUUUGCAAGAAGCAGAAGCACUGAAUAUCAAUCAAUUUGGCUAUGAGAAUACUUAUGCCGGUGUGACUUCUCAGUUGUGUGACUUGGAAUCUGGGGAAGAUGAUGACUGGAGAGCUAAGGAUUAUCUGCAUCAAGCGGACACCUACAUAGAAGUUGCCAUUCAGAGACAGAAGGAACAAUUAUCUCUAGAGCUAAGCAAAAUCGAUGCACGAAUUAUGCGAAACGUUACUGGGAUGCAGCAGUUGGAACUCAAACUUGAGUCUGUAUCUGCACAUGAUUAUCAGUCAAUAAUGCUGCCUUUAGUGAAAUCAUACUUGAGGGCACACUUGGAGGACAUGGCUGAGAAAAAUGCUACUGAGAAAUCUGAUGCUGCGAGAGAAGCAUUUUUAGCAGAGCUUGCACGCGACGCUAAGAAGGUUGCUCGAGGAGGAAGUGGUAAUUCCAGACAUUCUCAGGAGAAAGUCAAGGAUAAGAAAAAGAACAAGGAGUUCAGAAAAUCCAAGGAUUCAAAGGGUUAUGGUGGAAAUGAGCUGCAUAUGCUAAAUGAUGAGACUGCUGAGCAAGUUUCCGGGGUAGCUGAUGGUGACCAUCUAGAUUCUAAAGUUGUUUCUGUGAAUAAUGAUGACUUAAAACUGCAAGAAGAGGAAUUUAGACGAAAAAUAGAGCUCGAAGAAGAGGAAAGGAUGCUUGAGGAGACUUUGGAGUAUCAAAGAUGGAUUGAGAAUGGGGCUAAACCGAAGCACCUUGCUGAGCAAAAUACAAGAACUAUUCAAACACAUGCAGAGAAAGCGGUUGAUGGAUUGCAUGAUGCAUGUUUGGAUGAUGGUAAUCUAGAUAUUCAGCAACAUUUGGCACUGAGGAGCGGGGUCACAAACAAAUUGGAUAGCAUACCAAUGAGCGCUGCCAAUGGUUCAGCUGUGCCAGUGACUUCUAUUACAUCCGGCACUAAGGGUGCUGUCCCAGAUGAUGGUUUUUUUCCUAGUAAUCAAUGGACAGGAAGAAAGGGUCGACGUCAUAAGGGUAACAACAAAUUUCUUGAUGGGAAGUAUCAAGUCUUGUCAUCUGAAAAUCAAAACAUUCAAGGUAGAAUCUCUCAUGGCAACGUGGAAGAACAAGUUGGAUAUGUUGAUGGUGGCCCCAUUGGCAGUGUUGCUCCUGUAUCUGGGGAAGGUGGUACAAAGACUUUAAGACAACUGCAAGCUGAGGAAGAUGACGAAGAAAGGUUCCAAGCAGACCUUAAGAAGGCCGUUCGCCAAAGUCUUGACACAUACCAAGCACAACAGAGAUUUCCCUUGGCUUCAAGUUUGAAAGCAGUAGAAAGGGUACCUUCGGAAGUAAAAACCCAUGGUGUCUCACCAAAUGAGGUCUCCGGUGAAGGUUUGAAAGAAACUGAAGUGUUUGGUACGGGUCUGCUGAAUGAGGUUGGCGAAUAUAAUUGCUUUCUGAAUGUUAUUAUACAGUCAUUGUGGCACUUGAGACGGUUUCGUGAUGAAUUCUUGCGGAGAUCAGCAUCAGAUCAUGUUCAUGUGGGAGAUCCAUGUGUUAUCUGCGCACUAUAUGAAAUUUUCACUGCCCUGAACAUUGCAUCUAGUGAUGCAUGGAGAGAACCAGUAGCCCCUACAUCACUUAGAAUAGCCCUUAGCAACUUGUAUCCAGAUAGUAACUUUUUCCAAGAGGGUCAGAUGAACGAUGCUUCUGAAGUAUUGGCCGUAAUAUUUGAUUGCCUUCAUCGGUCUUUUACUUCUGCUUCAAGUGUUUCCGAUGCUGAUUCUACAGACAGCAACUGCACGGGCUCUUGGGAUUGUGCAAAUAGUGCUUGUACAGUGCAUUCUCUUUUUGGAAUGGAUAUCUUUGAACGAAUGAAUUGCUACAGUUGUGGUGUGGAGUCCAGACAUUUGAAAUACACUACUUUCUUUCAUAACAUAAAUGCCAGUGCACUGCGAACAAUGAAGGUUAUGAGUGAAGAAAGCUCCUUUGAUGAGCUUUUAAAUCUUGUGGAGAGGAACCAUCAAUUAGCUUGUGAUCCAGAGGCUGGUGGCUGUGGGAAGCUCAACUAUGUCCAUCACAUUCUCUCAAAUCCACCACAUGUUUUCACAACAGUUCUCGGUUGGCAGAAUACAUGUGAAAGUGCUGAUGACAUAGCAGCAACACUGGCUGCCUUAACUAAUGAAAUAGAUAUCAGUGUGCUUUAUCGGGGUAUUGAUCCCAAAAAUAAGCAUAACUUGGUCUCUGUGGUUUGCUAUUAUGGGCAACAUUAUCAUUGUUUUGCCUAUAGUCAUGAUCAUGAAAGAUGGGUUAUGUAUGAUGACCAAACUGUCAAGGUAAUUGGUAGCUGGGCUGAUGUUCUUACAAUGUGUGAACGGGGGCGCUUGCAACCACAGGUUCUUUUCUUCGAAGCUGUAAACUAAAGAAUUUUUUGUUGAAUCUUGUCAUAAUAUUUGAUACACAAAGAUAGCAUUGGGCUUAACAUGGGUUUUGGCAUCGGUUCGCUAUCAAGUGAAGUGUUGUUCAUAGUCACAUUGCAGUUUAUACUGUAAAAAUAUGCAAAAAUUGGUUCCAGAGGAAAGCCAGAGAUGUUUUGUUAUGGUAAAUCCAGAGUUGUGAUGUAUAAAAGAAAGGGAAGAAUUUUGGGACUCCUUUGAGUUUUUGUAGGAGAAAGUGAAGUCGUUUUUAAGGGAAGAUAUGAUGUACCAAAGAAUUUUGGAACUUCCUGAUAAAGUGGCUCCGGUCGAGGGGGAAAAAGACCCCUGAAAUAUUAUAUGAAUGGGUAGCCAUGAAUGGCAUUAUUGAAUGAGAAUGUAAUGCAGCAAGGAUUGUUGACAGGAGGAUAUAGCAAUUAUAAGUGGGGAAGAUAUUAGAUAUGGAAACCGUUGUAGAUGGUUUUUUUUUUUCGGUUUCCCCCAAUAUAUUUUGAAGAGAAGGUUAAGUAUGGGUCAACAUCCUGACCCUACGGUGUUCAACUCAUGAUAUUUCAGCUUAUAGUAAAAUUUUGUUGUCAGCCGUUGCUAUUUUGAAAUAUACAUACAUCUGUGUUAAGAAAUUGCACCCAUUCACUGCCUCUUCAUUUUCCUACCAACCAUUGCCGUAUUUGUAACUAUUUUUGAGAAUUUAGUAGAUGCUUUUCUUCAAUCAUGGUUUUAUGAACUAAGUAGGGUCACUCUCGAGUUUUUGUAUAAUAAUUACGAAUAGAAAAUUUUUAUUGCAUUAUGGAUUUCAAAGUUAUUUGUCAAUGAUAAAUAUUAUUUAUGAAUGUUAA